UAUACCUCUAUUAUUUUAUUUUUACAAUAUUUUUUAACAGAAAAUAUUUUAUAAAACAAAAACAAAAAUGGCUAGAGAGUCGAAAGUGGACAUGGGAAUGGACUUUGAUCCACAAAAUAAGGCUGCGAGGAAGAUCAUAGCGCCUUACGUAAAAAUAUUGAGAAAACGUGCUAAAAUAGUGGAAGACAGAGAGGUAGUAAAGAAGCCAUUACUACGAAAACCAGAAAAACCACUCGACGAAGAUUUAUUUGCUGACCUAAAAGCCUUCCUUUCCGACUUUAUUGACAUCCCAGUUGUUAUGCAUCAAUCUGCUGAAAUAUUAAAGCUCGUCACCAAGUCCACAGCUAUAACUUUGUAUAUGGUGGAUGAAUCCUUAAAUGAGAUCUAUUUAGUACCGAAAGCAAUAUAUAGCGACCGUCAUAAAGUCAACUGGAAGAUCCAACCUGGAUCUACCAUUGCAGCCUAUGUUGCUUACAAAAAAGAAUACGUUCUUCUCGAAGACAUCUUCAACGACGAUCGGUUUCCUAACGGACUAGGCCUCAACAACGACAUGGCCAAAUCAGUCUUGGCCGUACCAGUUUUGACACCAGAAGGUGACUGCUUCGGUGUCCUGGAGAUGUACAGGGACGUGUUCUCAACCGCUUACGAAAUUAAAGAUCUGAGCAUUGCCAUUGUGGUGUGCGGCUGGAUGGGGGCGGCCAUCCACCAAAACAGGGAGCGGGUGGCGUUGCACAAGCAAAAGCGCAUCAACGAUUGCCUACUAGAUUUGAUUAAGUGUUUCUUCACGAGCGAUUUACCGUUGGCGAAGAUGAUUGGGGAGAUAAUGAAGCUGGCGAAAGCUUCGAUUCAAGCACAGAAAGGUAGUUUCUAUGUUAUCGAUUCGACUUCGCCGGAUUUGGUGGCUGAUGUGUUCGAAGAAGGUAUUGAAGAUGAUGGGAUGUACAAGAAGAACGUUAAGGUGAAACUGAUGAAGGAUAGAUCGAUUGCUGGCUUGGUAGCUCGUCAGAGGAUCACGGUGAAACUAAAUGACAUGUAUAAAAAUAAAAGUAACAAAGAAAUCGAUGACAGGACUGGUUUCAUCACCAGAUGCAUCAUGUCCACUCCAAUAAUAAGCGGGCAAGAUGUUAUUGGAGUGGUGCAAGUAGUGAACAAAUCAGACCCGUACGAACACUUCACGCGAACAGACGAAAACCUUUUCAAAGUUAUUUCAGUGUAUUGCGCCUUGGCGUUGCAUUUCGAUAAGCUUCGAGUCAGCGUGACCAAACACGAGCACUUCAACAUGUGUUACGUCGACAUGCUGGUGAGACACAUGAGGCCCUGCAUCCACGACACUAAGUUCUUGGAGGAACACAUGGACAUCGAUUUUCCGCCGGAUUUCAACAGGUUUUUCUGGUACAUUCCGGAGAAUCUGCUUCAGUAUAUGCCCCAGUACUGCAUUUUUAUGUUUCGAGAAAUUAUCGGGGAGGAGUUUUUGGAUAUGCAAGUGCUGAUGAGGUUCGUUUUGACCGUGAGGAAGAUGUACAGGAACAACCCUUACCACAACUUCGAACACGGUUUCACCGUCACCCAUUGCAUGUACAACAUGUUGAUCAGGAACAAAGGGAUAUUUUCGCAGAUCGAAAACUCCGCCCUGAUGAUUGCUGCGUUGUGUCACGACAUAGAUCACAGAGGGUUGACCAAUAACUUCUUGAAGCUGACUGGAGACAAUUUGGCGUUGCUGUACGAGGAGUCGAUCAUGGAGAAUCAUCAUAUACAGGUUACCAUGAUGAUUCUGAACGACUGUCCCAUAUUGAUUGACUUGAGUGAAAAUGAUCGCCAGGUGCUCCUGCGAGAAAUUAAGGAUAACAUCCUCGCUACCGAUUUAGUGCAGUUCUUUAAGGUCAAAAGCAAGUUAUCAAACUUGUUGCACGAGUUUGAUUUCAGUGACGAAGAACACCGACAGUUACUAAGAACUGUUAUGAUGACUGGUGCUGACUUAUCAGGAAAUGCUAAACCUUUCCUGGUGGCGAAAGUGGUAAUGCAAAAUUUGUACAAGGAGUUUUAUCAUCAGGGCGACAUGGAAAAAGAAUUGGGACUUAGACCUUUGUCAACAAUGGAUCGUGAUCGAGAAUCACAAAUUCCUGACGACCAAGUAUAUUUCCAAAGUGUUCUCGUUCUUCCUUGUUACUACAUAUUGAAGGUUUUAUUGCCUUCUACGAUGCCUUUGUAUGUAGAUGCUUAUAAAUUGAAGGACUGUUGGGCUGAGAUUAUAGAGAUGAAGGGUUCCAAACAUUGGAGACAGUUUGAAUCUGUUGUGAGCAAACGAAUUAGUGACUGAUCACUUACUUAUUGGGUUAACAUUUAAUUUUUUAUAGUUCAAUAAAAUCUCAGUUGUAACUUU